ACGAGCAUGGUAUCUGCCUGAGCAACCACUACCACCAUUUUAAUUCACAGACGACCCACAGAGUGACGUGCAUCUGUCUCUUCUAUGAAUUCCUAGCUUUGCACAACAAAGAAAUGCAAAGGGACAAGGACAAGGACAAGACUGCCAUUGUUAUUGAUUGGUUACUUUGAGGCUAUUGGGCAUGGUUGGACUAAUGGCCAUUUGUUGAAGUUGCGCUUCAUAUACGAUCGAGAGACCCUAUCUCACGGCAAGACAUUACAAAUUAGGCCCCCCCAUCGAAACAUAUCCCACAUGCUUUCGCCGACAGCUCCAAGCCAACGGAGGAAACAAAUAUGGGAAAACCGCUCAACCUAGGGAAGAAACUGAAGUACCCCAUCACUGUCAACAAGCUUCUCAAAUCCCCCGGCGACUCGUUCGCCAAGGGCGACGCCAUCUUCGAGUACAGCUUCAAAUGGAAGAAGGAAGUCGGAGACGCGUUUGGUGACAAAUGGGAGGAGGAGAUUACGACGAUUGUCAGCUUCGCCAGCACGGCGGAUGGGAAGCUGUUGCGAUGGCAGAUCAGACCGGGUAUGGUCAUCAAUAAUGACCAGUCCUGCGCUGAGAUCGAUGAGACCUGCUCGCAUGCCGUUCAAUACGCGGGUCUCUGCGCGCUGUGCGGGAAGGAUAUGAACGAGACCUCGUGGGCUACGGACACUGUCGACGCGCAGCGGGCGCAGAUCAACAUGAUACACGACCAGACGCUGCUGUCGGUGAGCCAGGACGAAGCAUCGCGGGCGGAAGAGCAGUUACAGCGGCGACUGUUGAAGAACCGGAAGCUGUCGCUCGUGGUUGAUUUGGACCAGACGAUUAUCCACGCCUGUAUCGAGCCGACGAUUGGCGAAUGGCAGCGCGACCCGACAUCCCCGAACUACGAAGCUGUUAAGGAUGUCAAGUCGUUCCAGCUCCAUGAUGACGGCCCCCGUGGUCUGGCGUCGGGAUGCUGGUAUUAUAUCAAGAUGCGCCCGGGUCUAGCGCACUUCCUGACCACCAUUGCCGAGAAAUACGAGUUACACGUUUAUACGAUGGGAACGCGGGCAUAUGCGCAGGAAAUCGCAAAGAUUGUUGACCCUGAGCAUAAGCUCUUCGGUGAUCGAAUCAUCAGCAGAGACGAGAAUGGGAGCUUGACGGCAAAGACUCUUUCAAGACUGUUCCCGGUGGACACGAAGAUGGUGGUGAUUAUAGAUGACCGAGCGGACGUAUGGCCGCGGAAUCGAUCGAAUCUUAUCAAGGUUGUCCCAUACGACUUCUUUAUCGGCAUCGGAGACAUCAACUCGAGCUUCCUGCCUAAAAGGGAGGAAACCCCAAAGGUCGCCCCGGCGCCGCCACCGGUCGCACCAAUGCCCGACACGGAGGAACCUACAGAAGGUACAAUUGCUGAAGAAGGCACUGCUGAGGGCGAGGUCCAGGUUAAGCGCGACGUGCUGAAAUCGAAAGCGACAUCCACCGACACCACCGAAAGCAUGAGCGCUCUGGAAGAACUUGUCGCUAUGGGAGGCGGGGAUGACCCGACCGUCCGUGAGAUCCAAGCCCAGGAGCAGGCACAGUUUCUGGAGAAGCAACUCAAGGAACGGCCACUACUUCACAUGCAGCAGCAGCUCGACAAAGAAGAUAACGCUGAGGUCGAAGUGGCUGCGAAUGGAACUGCCGAGGAAUCGGAACAUACUGAUGAUUCGGCGUAUAAUCACCAUCGACACCAUCUACUAAAGGACGAUGAUAACGAGCUUGCGUAUCUCAAAAACCAUCUUCUUGGCCUGCAUAGGAUGUUCUAUGAGCAGUACGAUAAAGCGCUGAUUAACGCCAAAGGAGACCGCGUGGCUCAUCUUCGGCCUGGAGCGACAAAGAAGGUCCAGAUGAAAGACGAAGCCGCUGACCUCCAAAUCGUCCCUGACAUCGGGGAAGUAAUGCCGCAAAUCAAGUCGGACAGUCUGCGCGGCACAAGCAUAGUGCUGUCUGGCCUAGUGCCGUUGGGUGUUGAUGUAUUGAGGUCCGAAAUAGCGAUACAGUCGAUGAGCUUUGGAGCACAGAUCCACACAAAGAUAUCGCGUAAAGUUACACACCUUGUUGUUGCUGCGAAUCGCACUCGGACGCAGAAAGUUCGCCAGGCUACAAGCUAUCCUCACAUCAAGAUUGUGAAUCAGCAAUGGCUAGUCGACUCGAUGAGUAGGUGGGAGAGGGUCGACGAGACACCGUACUUGAUAAACAUCCAUUGCGAAGAUAAAUCUACCCAGCCAGAACUCUUCUCCAACGGCCGAAGCCUCGACGACAGCGACGACUCCGGUGCAGAAGGCCAUUCUAGCCACGACGCCGACAUGCCCGAUGAUUUCGAAGGCGGCCAAUCCCCCAUAGAAGGCCUCAAAGACGUCGACUGGAGCGGCGUCGACGCUGAACUCGAAGAAUUCAUGGCAAGCGGCAGCGAGAGUGACAGCGAAAGCGUCGCGAGCAGUACGUUCCUCCCCCCCUUCUCCCCCCAACCCACCGUCAAAGCCACUCCCUAACUUUACCCCUGCAGAUACAAGCGACCGCAGCCAACAAAGCACCAUCAGCAUCCGCCGCAAACGCAAGCUCGCCGCCAGCAGAGACGGCGAAGAAACAGACGAAGAGAGCAACAUAUCCAAAAAGCAGCGUCUAGCACGAAACCGCACAACCGGGCUCAAGACCGUCAAAACGCCCAACUCGGCGUCGGGGUCGAGCCUGCCGACGCCGGAGAAGACGGCUGCGGAGGAUGGGGAUGAAGCGCAUCAGACGGACACGCAGGAUGAGGAGUUUGAUAAUGAUCUUGAGGCGGAGAUGAUGGCGGAGUUUGAGAAGGGGGGUUGGGAUAGUGGG